CGAGGAGGAGCUCAACUAAUGCUUAGAUAUUGGGUAUGUGGUUCAGAACUAUAUGGAAUGUGGAAGGUGGGAAUGUUCUCGGGUUCUCAAGGUUGAUGAGAAGAUAUACAUCGGUAAACAGGAGUGUAAUAGACAUGGCUGCUAAAGAUGGGGAGCUGAGGGUCUUUGUAGUUUCUGGAGAGGUUUCUGGUGACACCAUUGGCUCUCGUCUGAUGUCAUCUCUAAAGAAGCUCUCUCCUAUUCCAGUCCGCUUUUCUGGUGUUGGAGGGACCAAGAUGUCCAGUCAAGGAUUAGAUUCUGUUUUUCCUAUGGAGGAUAUUGCUGUGAUGGGAUUGUUGGAGUUAUUGCCUCAUCUAAUUAAACUCAGAGUGAAGUUGCAUGAGACAAUAGAAGCUGCUCUUCUGUUUCAACCUCAUGUUGUGGUAACAGUAGAUUCCAAGGGUUUCUCUUUCCGUCUUCUAAAGCAGUUACGGGCUAGAUACAGUCAAGAAAGGAUCAAGAUUCCAUCACACUUUCAUUAUGUAGCCCCAUCAUUCUGGGCUUGGAAAGGGGGCGAAGCAAGGCUCAGUGGCUUAGCUGGAUUUGUGGAUCAUGUUCUGUGUAUACUUCCAAAUGAAGAAGAAAUUUGUAGAUCAAAUGGAUUGGUUGCAACCUUUGUCGGCCACCCUAUACUGGAGGAUGUGUGCGAGUUGAAUUUGGAUACUUCACCACAUGAAUGGAUAAUAGAAGGAAACUCUGAAAUUUUCAGAAGGGAUCAUGCAAUACCUACAGGGGCCACAAUAAUUUCCUUGCUUCCGGGAAGCAGAUUACAGGAGGUCACCAGAAUGCUUUCACUCUUCGCAAGUACGGUUGAACUAUUAAAAGACUCUGUUCCUGAUUUGGUACCAGUGAUCCAUGUCGCUGCAAAUCAGCAUGUGAAGGACUAUAUCACUGAAUUUAUCAACAAGUGGCCUGUGUCUGCUAUAAUGAUUCCAGGAGGAUCUCUGCACCAGAAAUAUAAUGCAUUCAGUGCAAGCAGUGUGGCAUUAUGUGCUUCUGGAACAGUUGCUUUGGAGUUGCAGCUUGCACGGUUACCAUGUGUAGUUGCUUAUCGAGCUCAUUUUCUAACUGAGUGGAUUAUUCGCUAUAAAGCUAAGAUAUCUUACAUCUCCCUCCCAAAUAUCUUGUUGGAUUCAUAUAUAAUACCUGAAGCACUCUUUCAAGCAUGCACUCCAGCAAAGCUAGCCUCAUUAAUUUUGAAUAUGUUAAAUGAUGAUGGCCUCCAAGAAAAACAGAUUGUUGCUGCUGAAAAGGUUACCGGACUUCUGUGUGCAUUGCCUAGAAAUAUACAGAACUUAGAAGAGCCGCAUCGAAGAUUGAGGUUACCUCAUUCCACACCGAGUAUGAUAGCAGCAUCGACAAUACUUUACCAUGAGAAGCCAUCAUGAGUAGUCCCUUUUUUUUGUUUUGUUUUAACUGUACCAUGCAACUACCGCACUAUUGGUAAUUGAUACACGAAAUAUUAAGGAAAGUCAAUUGAUCAUAUCAACUGGAAUCCUUCUGCACUUGAAUGAUCAUGGCAAACCUACGUAUGAUUAACUUUGUGCUUUUGCAGCUGCAACAAUCUUGAUCAAAAUGGUAUAUGCAAAUCACUAGUGGAGACACAAGGCUAUACUGGCCAAGACCAUCAAGUAACUACAGAAGAUGGUUACAUCCUCGGACUACAGAGGAUUCCAACUGGAAAGUCCAAUACCAAUUAUUCGACUACUCAGAAGCAGCCGGUUGUACUACAACAUGGGCUUAGCGGGGUUUGUACCUUAUUAACUGUCAU